AUGCCAUCCUCGAAGGAGCUACCACCUUCUACCACUCCAUUUUUCCCGAACCAGUUCAUCAAGAAUCAAUUUUGCUCUAAACCCAAGCCCAUCCCAGACGCUACAGAUCUCUCAGGCAAAGUUGUUAUUGUCACAGGCUCAAAUAGUGGCCUUGGUCUGGAAUGCGCGAGUCAACUCCUCUCCCAUAAUUUGACCCGACUUAUUAUGGCGGUUCGUUCAACUCCCAAGGGCGAGAACACAGCAGCGAAGCUACGGAAGCAGUAUCCCAAUUCCACGAUUGAUGUUUGGUCUUUGGAUAUGGCUUCAUACGAUUCAGUUCAAGCUUUCACAGCUCGGGCCGAGAAAGAGCUAUCCCGCCUUGACACUGCCAUCCUGAACGCUGGAGUUGCCGCAGGGUCUUUCAAGACUGUGCCUUCUACUGGACAUGAAGAGACCGUGCAGGUCAAUUAUCUUUCGACAAUGCUCCUGGCUAUUCUCUUACUUCCAGUUCUGAGGAACAAGUCUCCAGUCGGAUCGCGGGGGGUUUUGACCAUCGUCACGAGCAUGCUCUCCAUGACUGCCAAAUUUGCAAACAAGAACAAGGUUCCGCUUCUCAAAUCCUUUGACGAUGUGAAGCUCUUCGACUCCCUUGAUAUAUACCCGACGUCGAAAUUCCUCGGGCAGUUUUUCAUCUGGAAGCUCACGGAUUUAGUGUCUGCUGAUGAUGUGCUGGUGAACCUCGUUGAGCCCGGAUUUGUUAAAGGCACGGAGCUGCAACGUGACGCGCCUUCUGCGGUCAAAGUUGGAUUGAAUUUAUUCAAAGCUGCCACCGCUCGAUCUGUCAAGAUCGGUGCAUCAACGUACCUUGACGCAGCGAUCACCCAGGAGAGCUCUCACGGGUCCGUUCUAAUGAACUGGGAGAUUGUUCCGUAUCCUUCACUCCUGUACACCGAGGAGGGUAAGAAAAUCAUGGAAAGGCUGUGGGAAGAGACGUUGGAAGAAUUCAGCUUCGUUGAUGUCAACGCUAUCCUUCAAUCCCUUUAA